CCGUGGGCGGCGUGGCGCUGCUAGCUGGGCGCAGGGCGGGAGGUGCCGGGGAUCGCCGUAGCUUAGCGCGCGGAGCUCGGGUGUAUAUCUCGGGAAAGCUCAUUCUCACGGGUAGGAGAAGCUUCUGGUGGCGGCGGCCCUCACCAGCUAGCGCAGGGCCUCGGGCCGAGUGGGGCCGAGCGCUGCGGGAGGAAGCGGCGGCGGCUGGCCCCGAGCGCAGCGCGCCAUGGCGGGCGGGCCCCCCAAGGCCCUGCCGUCCACGGGGCCCCACUCCUUGCGCGAUAUGCCGCACCCGCUAGCGGGCUCCAGCAGCGAGGAGGCCGUGGGAGGCGACAGCACGCCCAGCCCGGACCUACUGAUGGCCCGCAGCUUCGGUGACAAGGAUCUCAUUUUGCCCAAUGGUGGUACACCAGCAGGCACUUCGAGCCCAGCCUCUUCAUCUUCCCUUCUGAACAGACUUCAGCUUGAUGAUGACAUCGAUGGUGACACGAGAGACCUCUUCGUCACAGUUGAUGAUCCCAAGAAGCACGUCUGUACAAUGGAGACCUAUAUCACAUAUAGGGUCACCACCAAAAGCACUCGGGUAGAGUUUGACUUGCCAGAAUAUUCUGUUCGUCGAAGAUACCAGGAUUUUGACUGGUUGAGGAACAAACUGGAAGAGUCACAGCCUACUCAUCUCAUUCCCCCACUUCCUGAGAAGUUUGUGGUGAAAGGUGUCGUGGACCGUUUUUCAGAAGAGUUUGUGGAGACCAGAAGAAAAGCUUUGGACAAAUUCCUAAAACGGAUUACAGAUCAUCCUGUACUCUCUUUCAACGAACAUUUCAGUGUGUUCCUCACUGCUAAGGACCUGAAUGCCUACAAGAAGCAGGGAAUAGCAUUGCUGACCAGAGUGGGUGAAUCAGUCAAGCACGUCACCGGAGGCUACAAGCUGAGGAGUCGGCCUCUGGAGUUUGCUGCCAUCGGUGACUACUUAGACACCUUUGCACUCAAGCUGGGAACCAUCGACCGGAUAGCCCAGCGGAUCAUCAAAGAAGAAAUAGAAUACCUGGUCGAGCUGCGGGAAUAUGGGCCUGUGUAUUCCACGUGGAGCGCCUUGGAAGGGGAGCUGGCAGAGCCCCUGGAGGGCGUGUCAGCCUGCAUUGGGAACUGCUCCACAGCCUUGGAAGAGCUGACAGAUGACAUAACAGAAGAGUUUCUGCCUGUGCUCAGGGAAUACAUUCUGUACUCUGACUCCAUGAAGGGUGUGUUGAAGAAGAGGGACCAAGUUCAAGCAGAGUACGAAGCCAAACUGGAAGCUGUGGCUCUGAGAAAGGAAGAUCGUCCCAAGGUGCCAGCAGAUGUGGAGAAGUGCCAGGACAGGAUGGAGUGCUUCAACGCUGACCUGAAGGCAGAUAUGGAGAGGUGGCAGAACAGCAAGCGCCAUGACUUCCGGCAGCUGCUCGUGGGCUUGGCGGACAAGAAUAUCCAGUAUUAUGAGAAGUGCCUCAUGGCGUGGGAGUCAAUUAUUCCACUGCUGCAAGAGAAGCAAGAGACCAAGUAGCUUUGUUCUGGGAACAGAGAGACUCUUCUGCCUCCACAGGGCAUGGCAUCCUGGACCAGAAUGUCCCUGCAGUGCCGGCGAGGUGGCCGUGGGAAAACAGCACAGCAGCGCCUCCCCACCCCCUACACACACAGUUGUUUUCAGUUAGUAUUUAUUUCUUGGUGGAGUCUCGGAGGCUAAUCAUCUCUCAGCAGAACCGGUACCUCCGUGUUGCCAAGGCCCCUCCUAAAUGGAACACUACGAAGACUUGAAACUGAGGGGCAGGACCACCCCCACCAGAUGACAUGUGACAUCACUUUGGGGGAAGCCCAGUUGCUGUUGUGAGACAGAACCCAGGUCCCACUUUUCAGGGACACGGGGCGACACGAAGAAAGCAACUGUGGCGAGCUGUGGA